AUGACCAAACGGAGCGGUUCGGAAGAACCAACAACCAAACAACCUCAGGAGUAUAUGAACGAAUACUUGACCGAGAAUGAUGGGGCAUCGCAGGCGUCCCAGGACGUAGCCUCGAGCCAUCACACGGAGAAUAGCUAUCCCAAGCGCAGUAACAGUAACGCCUCCAAUACCGGCAGACACCGGAGCAACACCGAUGGCCAGUACAUCCCAUCGCGAGAUUUUGCACCACAGCACCGCAUUUCAGCCUCAGCAAACUACGUGCCUCGCAGAGGUGGCGAAUCCAGUGACAGUGCAUACCCGGUCGCACAGGUAGUGCCCAACACCCAGCAGAUGUCACGUUCCAACUCGGCGGCUCACUCUACAGGCUACCGUAACCGAGCCCAGAGCAGGAGCUCCAGCCACAACAUGAAUAACCGUUCGUCACAGUCAAACAUCCAGUCCACAGCCGGCUCAACCCAAGAUAUACACCAGCCGGAAGCCGCGGAUGACCCACGAGACUCGGACGUGCCUCUGAACAUCAAGCCCAAGACGCUGUACCAAAACCCACAGACUCCCACGGUGUUGCCGUCCACUUACCACCCGAUUAACAUGUGGUCGACGCUUAAACAAACGUAUCUGAAGGAGUUUCUGGCUGAGUUUAUGGGGACCAUGGUCAUGAUUUUUUUUGGCUGCACUGUCGUCUGCCAGGUUAGAUCCGGCCAACAACAGCAAAGAUUGACAUUUCUCGAACGCCUGGCAGGCUCUUCGGAUGUUCCGGCGGCUGACAAAAUUUCAUUAAUGCAAUAUCUUGAACCUGUGGACGCUUUCGGUACUUUCGACGACGUAGCCCUGAUCUGGGGUGGAGCUGUUGUAAUGGGCUAUUUUGCUGCAGGUGGCAGUGCUCUCUCUGGUGGCCAUUUGAACCCAGCUUUGACUCUUAGCAACUGUGUUUUUCGAGGAUUUCCAUGGACCAAGGUGCCAAUUUACUGGGCUGGCCAACUCCUUGGUGCAUACGUCGGUGCUAUAGUGGUAUUUAUUUACUACCAGCCUGUUAUAACCAGUGUGUUUCCGGACUGGAUGGGCAAUGAAACUGUAAUGAGCAUGUUUUGCACAUUUCCGCUGGAGUAUUUAACCACUUCUCGCCAGUUUGUGAGUGAGUUGGUGUGUAGCGCUUUUUUGCAAGUUGGUAUGUUCGCGUUGACCGAUCCUUACACCUGCCUGAGAUCCGACCUGUUUCCGUUAAUGUUGUUCGUUUUGAUUUUCUGUUUGAUUGGCGCUACUUCCCUACAAACUGGGGCCGGCCUAAAUCCCGCUAGAGAUCUAGGGCCCCGGCUGGCGUUAGCUACAAUGGGUUUCAACAGCGAGCUACUUUGGAAGGCUCAUCACCACUACUUUUGGGUACCUAUAGUGGCCCCCUUCUGUGGUACCCUACUGGGCGGUACUGUGUACGAUAUUUGCAUUUAUCAGGGUCACGAAUCGUUUUUGAACUGGCCAUUUUCUUUGAUCAAAACUAAGUUCAGAAGGCUAUGGACUCUCCGGCCUCGGUUUUACAAGAAAGAAAGGAAUGACGAUGGCAGCGACAUAAGUGAUUGGGACUAUGAUGACGAAAGUAAUACUGGAAGCGCGAGAGACGAAGAAUUUAAUGACGGCCCCAAAACUGGAUUUUUCCACGAAUCUGAUCCACAAAUCCAAAAACAAGUGCAGUUCAAGAGUAUGUCGCGCAAUUUCAAUGGGAAGAGAAACCCGGUCUCAGGGAUUCCAACGAUUUACGAAGAAGGCGGCGGCGAUGUCGGCGAUGACGACGGAGAGGAGCGCAGCAGCGACGAUGGCCCUGAAGAUCAAAGCGAAUCUGGUCCUGCUAGGCCGUCGUUAGCCAAGAAAAAGAGCAACUUCAACGAAAAGAAGGUCAAGAAAAGCUAA